ACAGGGAGUUGUCAGCCCCUGUCCCGGGCUUCCUAGGGCGGCCUCCUCACCGCCUGGAAGCCGAGCUGCCCCGGCCCCUUCCCGCAGGGCGCACCCUCCCGCGGGCUUGGCUCCCGCCCCCCGGGGCACAGACCGCGGUCCUCCCGGCCGCCGCCCCUCCCGCCGGCCCUCCUCCCGAGCCCGCCCACCGCCCGCUCCUCCCUCCGCGCUGCGAGCUGGGGGCUCCCACCGCCAGCCACUUUGCCCCUGGGGGGACCGAGCAGCUUUGUUCUUGGGCAGCAGCUGGGCUGGCUGCCGCCGCUGCACUUCUCCCGGAGGACCUGUGUCCCCUCUCCUUAUGUGUGUGUUUGUUCGGCACUUUCUGUUUUAUUUUCCAAGUUCCAAGCCUUACCUUUUUGCUUUAUUUCUUUAGUUAUUGGUCUUAAAACUAGCUCUUUCUAGGCACCCGUGCCCCCAGACUUAUUACAAGCCUUAUCUCAAGACUGAGAUUGCUAGAUCUUUUUUGGUGGGGGGCAGAGUGAGAGGGGUCGCUGGCCUGUGACCCCUCCACCCCCCAGGAGGGAGCUGCCUGGGGCUGGCUCCUUCCAGGACACUGCUUCCGGUGAAUUCCUGCCCUGGACUGGAACCCUAGCUGGCAUCGUUUUCAGCUUCUGCCCUGGCAGGGUAUGUUCCCGUAGAGCUGGGGCCGCCUCCUCCUGGCCGAGAGAUGCAUGUUCCCACGCGUGGGAGAGCCGUGGCCUGCCUCCUGUGGCUGCUGUUGCUGUGGAGCGGGGACUGCGGCUGUCGGGCUCAGAGGGCAGGCUGCAAGACCGUGCACUACGACCUGGUCUUCCUCUUGGACACCUCCUCCAGCGUGGGCAAGGAGGACUUUGAGAAGGUGCGGCAGUGGGUGGCCAACCUGGUGGACACUUUCGAGGUGGGGCCCGAGCGCACCCGCGUGGGCGUGGUGCGCUACAGCGACCGGCCGGCCACGGCCUUCGAGCUGGGCCUCUUUGGCUCGCGGGAGGAGGUCAAGGCAGCGGCGCGGCACCUGGCCUACCACGGCGGCAACACCAACACGGGCGACGCGCUGCGCUUCAUCACGCGCCACAGCUUCUCGCCGCAGGCCGGCGGCCGCCCCGGGGACCGCGCCUUCAAGCAGGUGGCCAUCCUCCUGACCGACGGCCGCAGCCAGGACCUGGUGAUGGACGCCGCGGCCGCCGCCCACCGCGCGGGCAUCCGCAUCUUCGCUGUGGGCGUCGGGGCGGCGCUCAAGGAGGAGCUGGAGGAGAUCGCCUCGGAGCCCAAGUCCGCACACGUCUUCCACGUGUCCGACUUCAACGCCAUCGACAAGAUCCGCGGCAAGCUGAGACGCCGCCUGUGCGAAAACGUGCUGUGCCCCAGCGUCCGUGUGCAAGGAGACCGAUUUAAGCACACCAAUGGUGACAGCAAAGAAAUCACAGGUUUUGACCUGAUGGAUUUGUUCCGUGUGAAGGAGAUCCUGGGGAAGAGAGACAACGGAGCACAGAGUUCCUAUGUCCGGAUGGGAUCCUUCCCUGUGGUGCAGAGGACAGAGGAUGUGUUCACACAAGGUUUGCCUGAUGAGUAUGCCUUCGUCACCACCUUCCGGUUCAGGAAAACGUCUCGGAAAGAAGACUGGUACAUCUGGCAGGUCAUUGACCAGUACGGGAUCCCACAGGUCUCCAUCCGGCUAGAUGGCGAGAACAAGGCAGUGGAGUACGAUGCCGUGGGCGCCAUGAAGGACGCUGUGAGGGUGGUGUUCCAAGGCCCCCGGGUCAGUGACCUCUUUGACCGGGACUGGCACAAGAUCGCCCUGAGCAUCCAGGCCCAGAACGUCUCCCUGUACAUCGAUUGUGUGCUGGUGCAGACGCUGCCCAUCGAGGAGCGGGAGAACAUCGACAUCCAGGGGAAGACCGUGAUCGGCAAGCGCCUAUAUGACAGCGUGCCCAUCGACUUUGACCUGCAGCGGAUUGUGAUUUACUGUGACUCCCGACACGCGGAAUUGGAGACUUGCUGUGACAUCCCCUCAGGCCCGUGCCAGGUGACUGUGCUAACGGAGCCUUCGCCCCCGCCCCAGCGGCCUCCCACCGUGGGCAGUGAACAAAUCGGUUUUUUGAAGACCAUCAACUGCUCCUGCCCGGCUGGAGAAAAGGGCGAGAAGGGGUCCGAUGGUCCCGUGGGACUCCCCGGCCCAAAGGGAGACAUGGGAGCCACUGGGUUGGCUGGAGCUCCUGGACCCAAGGGAGAAAAAGGUGACGUGGGCAGGGGGCCUUUUGUCCAUGGAGAGAAGGGUGAAAAGGGUUCCCUGGGCCUGCCCGGUCCCCCUGGGAGAGACGGCAGCAAAGGCAUGCGGGGGGAGCCGGGAGAGCCGGGGCUUCCUGGAGAGGUGGGAAUGCGGGGAUUCCAAGGACCACCUGGACCCCCCGGGCCUCCUGGACACGUUGGAGCUCCUGGUCUCCAAGGAGAACGAGGUGAAAAGGGAGCCCGAGGAGAAAAGGGGGAGCGAGGCCUGGAUGGAUUCCCUGGGAAGCGUGGGGAGACGGGAGAGCAGGGAAGACCUGGCCCUCCUGGCGUGGCAGGGCCCCAGGGAGAGAAGGGUGACGUGGGGCCUGCAGGACCUCCUGGGGUACCGGGCUCUGUGGUGCAGAGAGAGGGCCUGAAGGGCGAGCAGGGAGCUCCAGGACCACGAGGCCACCAGGGCCCACCUGGGCCACCAGGAGCUCCGGGUCUGAUGGGUCCCGGAGGCAAGGCUGGACCUCCUGGUUUGCAAGGUCUCCGGGGGAAGAAAGGAGAAGUGGGCCCGCCGGGAACCCCUGGAUUGCUGGGGCCGCAGGGCCCUCCAGGACCACCUGGCGUCCCCGGUCCCCCUGGACCCGGAGGCCCCCCGGGUUUACCUGGAGAGAUCGGCUUCCCAGGAAAACCUGGGCACCCCGGGCAGGCGGGCCCACCUGGAAAGGACGGGCAGAAGGGAGCCCCAGGCCUGCCAGGACCCAAGGGGCAGCCAGGAGAGAGAGGGGAAGACGGUCUGCCUGGAAAACCCGGCCCCAGGGGUGAAGUUGGGGAGCAGGGCCUGGCAGGCCGACCUGGAGACAAGGGAGAGGCAGGUGUCCCUGGUGCUCCAGGAUUUCCAGGCGUGCGGGGACAGAAAGGAGAGCAGGGCGAGAAAGGGGAGCUGGGCCUCCCAGGCCUGAAAGGUGACCCAGGCAAAAAGGGUGAAGUUGGUCCUGCCGGCCCCCCUGGGUUGCCUGGAACGACGCCCCUGUUCACACCGCACCCCAGGAUGCCAGGAGAACGAGGGCCGAAAGGAGAGAAGGGUGAUCCCGGCAUGCCUGGCGAGCCGGGGUCUCAAGGCCAUCCUGGAGAACUGGGGCCUCGGGGACCCAUCGGAGCGCCGGGUGCCAAGGGACAAGAAGGCCCCCGGGGGGCACCUGGAGCGGCUGGAAACCCUGGCACUCCUGGAGCUGCAGGCCUGCCUGGUGCCAGCGGCCCCCCAGGAAGCGCGGGCCCACCUGGCAUCAGAGGCCCCCCUGGAAAAGAUGGGGAGCACGGUGAGAAGGGAGCAGCAGGUGAAGAAGGGAGUCCAGGACCAGCUGGUCCCAGAGGUGAUCCUGGUGCUCCCGGGCUCCCAGGGAUACCCGGACAGGGAAAAGAUGGAGAGCCGGGGCUUCGUGGGCCACCCGGAUUACCUGGACCUCUAGGAACCAAGGGGGACCGAGGUGCACCUGGGAUCCCUGGCUCCCCUGGCAACCGUGGCGACCCAGGCAUCGGGUUGGCUGGCCCUCCUGGACCCUCUGGACCACCAGGAGACAAAGGGCCCCCGGGAUCCCGAGGCUUACCCGGAUUCCCCGGCCCCCAGGGACCAGCUGGCCAGGACGGUGUACCAGGAAAUCCAGGAGAAAGAGGGCCUCCUGGCAAACCAGGGCCUUCUUCUCUACUGUCUCCAGGGGACAUAAAUCUCUUGGUCAAGGAUGUGUGCAAUGACUGCCCUCCAGGCCCCCCAGGCCUUCCUGGUCUGCCAGGUUUUAAAGGGGACAAAGGUCUCCAGGGAAAGCCAGGGAGAGAAGGCACAGAAGGGAAAAAGGGAGAUGCUGGGCCCAGGGGCCUCCCAGGGCCUCCAGGAAUCGCUGGACCACAGGGAAGUAAAGGAGAGCGUGGUGCAGCUGGUGAAGCUGGACAGAAAGGUGACCAGGGUCAUCCUGGAGUUCCUGGUUUCAUGGGACCCCCCGGGAACCCUGGGCCACGGGGAGCGGAUGGCAUUGCUGGGGCCGCUGGACCUCCAGGGAUCCAAGGGCCGCCGGGGAAAGAAGGUCCUCCUGGCCCCGAAGGCCCAUCUGGGUUACCCGGAAUCCCGGGAGAAGAAGGCAAAGAGGGCAGAGGUGGAAAACCAGGUCCCCCCGGGGAGCCGGGCAAAACUGGAGACCCGGGUCUACCAGGACCAGAGGGAGCCCGCGGCCUGCCUGGCUUCAAGGGACACACAGGCGACUCUGGUGCACCGGGUCCCCGGGGAGAGCCUGGUGCCAUGGGGCCCCCUGGCCGGGAAGGGUCGCCAGGAAAAGAUGGUGACACUGGACCCACAGGGCCACAGGGUCCCCCAGGACUAAGGGGCCCACCGGGUAAGAAUGGAUCACCGGGAUCUCCAGGAGACCCUGGCCCUGCAGGAAGCCCUGGCCAGAAGGGGAACAAAGGAGACCACGGCAGCCCGGGACUCCCCGGCUUUCUGGGUCCCCGGGGGCCUCAGGGGGAGCCAGGCGAGAAGGGCAUCCCAGGCAAGGAGGCAAGUAUUGAGUGCACCGCCUCCCCUUGGCCGCACUUCCCUGUGGGGGACGCUGGAGCGGCUUCGGCUUCGUGGGCAGUGACACACACAGGCUCGUGGCGCCCGGCUGGGUCCCGCGCUCACUUCAGUGCCCCGCUGUCGCUGUGUAGAUCCUAUCUAGUUGUGCAUGGGGACCCACCCAUUCGGCAGCCGGUCCGGGGUGCCUCUUUCGCUUACACGUCUCUGUGUCCAGUGUCAGUAAAUCCUAUCAGUUGCAAGUUCGAAAUGCCACCGCUCUGUCCAGUUCUCCCCAUGCCUUCUGCGAGGACUCCAGUCCAGGCUGCCACCAUCUCCUGCCUGGACGAUCGCAGUGACCACCCACCGCCACCCCCCCGCCCCCCGUGUCCAGCCUUUGCCCUCCCCACCCCCACAGCCGCCUCCCGCCCGCAGCCCCUUUGCAGAGCACACACAGGACCAUGUCGCCUCCCAGGCUGGCCCCCGCUCCGCCCUCUCCUGCCCUUGCUGGAAGCUAGGUGGCCUGGCUCUACCAGCUCCCCUCUGAGUCUGACCCCCAGGAGCUCUGCCCUUCAGCCCCUCAAACCUGCCAAGUUCUUUGCCAAGGGCUCUCAUGCACACCGGGGCCCUUUUCCAGAAGCCCUUACCACGCCCCUCCUCACUCUCCCACUCCUUUGCAUGCCUGGUCUUGAUGAGCCUGAGGUCUGUGCCAAAACGUUGCCUGUGUGGAUUUUUCCUCGGCCACCGGGACACAGUGACACCCCACUGUGCUGUGUCCUAGCACCCUGCUCUGUUGGCCCAGGAGCCCGGCGAAGAGCAGGCGGCAAAAAUACGUGAUGAGGAACCGAAGACGGAAGGAACACAGAGAAAGGAGUUUCUACAGCUGCUGGCGUGUCCAUUUCCCAGCCCACGCACGCCCUGCGUGGGGGACAGCCAUGUUCACUCUGAGCCUGAGGGUUCCUCUCCUAGCUCAGGGAGGGAGGCAGGCGGCUUCCUUAAAGCCAGAUCGAACGGCUUAGUGUGUCGCAGCCUCUGCCUCCGCCCGAGCCGUGCUGUCCACUCAUGGGCAUAGUGCUUGCUCUCCGAUCCCUGUUUCUUCCUGCUGCCUAGAUCGAGCGCAGGGGAAAUGGCCCCAGCUCGCACUUCAGAGCUGCUCUGCGACUCUCUCUGGCUCCCUGUUGCCUAUGGGAAUGAGUCCGGCCUCUGAGCAGGCCCUGAGUUCUGCCCUGAGCCGACCCCACACUCUCUCCAGUGUGAGCUCCCGCCUCCUCUGCCCUGUGCACGCCACGGCCCCAGUCCUGUCUCCAAGGCUUAGUCUUCACUCCUCCCUCCACCUACAGGGCCCGUCCCUAUACCUCUGCCUGUUAGGUUUUAUGUGUCCUUCAAGGCGCCAAGCCUCCCAACACACAGUCAUGCACUUCUCCCGGGGUUCCCGAAGCAUCUUUUCGUAUUUCUAUUAGAGAAAUAAAUGGGUCUGCCCUGUGUGUAAGCUGUGCCCCCAUCCGGCUGUCAGCUGAGCCGCGAGCCCCGUGAGAACAGGGCUGUGACUUGCUCUUCUCUCUGCACAAGUUGAGGGCUACAGGUGCACCCGUGUGCCGGGGCUGACGUGACAGGUGUGACCCCAUCUCAGAGGAGCUGCGGAGUAUGCUACUUCCUUCCUUCUCUGCAGACCCCUUCUGUCCCUGCAGCAGGAGACAGGGCAUGAGCCCCGGGCCGACUGCCCCCUGCUUCAAGCCCUGGAGUUUGUAUUCUUGAACGGAGUGCACAGCAGGGUUUGCAGGGACACGGUGGAGUCCGGAGGUGGAUAAGCACAGGACCUGCCUUCCAAGUGCUUGUGGUCCCAGGGGAACGCCCCCUGUCACCUCAUGUGGGGACAGUGGCAGUUAAGCGUCAGCUGGUGACAAGGGAACCCAUGCAUGCGGGCAGACACUGGCCGGAGGGCUUUGCAAGGGAGGCGGCAGAGGGGCUGGGGGCAAAGUGGGGUAGAGAGAGAUCCCAGCCGCAGAGGGUCGCAGAAGCAAGGAGGGAGUGUCCUAGCAGUGAGGACCACGAGGCUGUGUACCCCACCACCAGCCCCAAAGUGACUGCCCUCCUGGAGGGGCGUGGGGUCCCUACCUAAGUGCUGGGCGAUCAGGGAGGGCUUCUUGGAGGGGAGGCCUGAAGGCCAUGUGGGAUUUAUCUUAGAAAGAGGGAUAGUGAUUGGUCAGCUUGGCCACCACACCAUUACCCUGGACUGCGUGGCUGAGAAAGACAUUUCUCAUGGUUCUGGUGGCCGGGAAGUCCAGGAUCAGGGUUGUUGACAGAUUCUGUUCCACCCUUCCCUAAUUACACCAGCUGGCUACCUGGUCCCUGUGCCCAUUUCCCCAUUUCCGUCAUGGGGCCACCCUCGCGACCUUAUCGAAACCUAAAUAGCUCGUGGAGGCCCCACCUGCUAAUCACACUGGGGAUU